AUGGUGGAUGCGUAUCGCGCGCUGAACCCGGGUGGUCAGGAACGCACUUUCUACUCCCGAGCGCAGAAAUCAAGCUUGCGGAUUGACCGUAUAUUGGUGUCGGCGGAGCUGCUCCCGUCAGUGGCUGAGGCGUCUCAUCCCCGGCCUCUGAAGGGGAUCUCGGACCACAAGUUCGGGGUCAAGGUGGUGUUGCAGGCGAAUCUGCGUCUUCACAUGGGUCCUGGCCUGUGGCGCAUGCCUGCAGCUGACACAGCAAAGCCGGGAGCAGAGCGAGUGAUUCAGGCGGUUACGGAGUGGCACCAGGCGAGUGGCUCCGGAAGUUUCGGUAACCUGCUAACCAAACUCAAACUGGCGCUGCGAAGAUAUACCACAGAGGAGCGGAAACGUAUACGUGCAACACUGCGUCACCUGGAGGAGGCAGUGACGGUGCUGCAGCACGGAGUGAUGCGUGAUCCCAAGAAUGAUGCUCUGCGGACAGAGCUGGCGGCGAAAGAGGCCCAACUGGAAGCUUACCUGCGGGGGGAAAAUGACAGACUGCAACUGCUGGCGGGGGAAAGAGAACUCGCUAAAGGGGAAAUUGCGUCAAAGGUCCUCUCGGCGAAGGUGAAGAUGAAGAAAGCGAAAACCUCAAUUGCAGCACUGUCAUAUCAAGGGACGGAGCAUAGUGGGACGAGGGGGAUUUUGGAGGCUGCCUCGGACUUCUACACUUCGUUAUUUGCAGGAGCGCCACCUUCAGGACUGCCGUGCUGGAAGCCGGAGCCUGGCAAAACACUGAGGGAGGAGGAGGCAGCCUGUUUGGAGGGGGCCUGGACGGAAAAGGAGGUAUUGAAAGCGCUGAAGGACAUAGCGAAGGACAAAGCUCCUGGAAGCGAUGGGCUGCCUAAGGAGCUUUUCGAGCGCCAUUGGGACCUGCUGAAAAAAGAUUUUAUGGGAUUCAUAAGGAACUUCGAGUCCACAGCAGCCUUAUCAGUGGAGGUACAGGAGGCGGUAACGGUCCUGCUGCAUAAAAAGGGCCCGAAAGAGCUGAAACAGAAUUACAGACCGAUUACUCUGCUCACCAGCUCCUACAAGGUGGUGGCGAGAUUGCUGGCCAAUCGGAUGAGGAGCGUCCUGGACAGGGUCAUUUCUAAAGAGCAGUGCGGCUUCCUCCCAGGCAGGCGGUUGUCAGACGCUGUGUCGCUGGUAGCGGACGUCAUUGAGGCGGCGAAGAACAAGGACAAGGACUGGUAUAUCUUAAUGGUGGAUUUUCAGAAGGCGCUGAUGGUCAACGGGUGGCUGGGUGACCAGGUCGCGGUGGGCAAAGGUGUUCGCCAGGGGUGCCCGCUGGCGCCCUACCUCUUCCUUUGCGCGGUAGAGCCCAUCUGCCAGGAAGCAAAGAGGAGGAAACUAGGGAUCAGCAAUGACUAUGGGGAGAGGCUGGCCUACUUAGGCUAUGCGGACGAUACCACUCUGGUACUAAAAGGGAAGCAGCAGAUUACCCGUUCUGGAGAGCUCCUGGAGGACUUCGGGGCUCGCUCGGGGCUCAUGGUCAAUAAGGAGAAAUCGGCGAUACUUCCCCUGGGGAAGAACCUGGAACGAAUCAAAGACGACGGGUCAGCGUUUGCGUGGGUGGCUUCGAAGAAUGCAGAAAGGCUGCUGGGGGUCUGGGUCUCACCUUCGGGAGGAGCGGAGGUUACGUGGGACAAGACGCUGGCCAGGGCGGCUGAGGAACUACUGAAAUGGCAGUCUCACUAUUUGACAACGACGGCACACGUGGCGGUGAUUAACUGCUAUGUGUGCCCGAUCCUGGCGUUUCAGGGGCAAGUAUAUCCCCCCUCGGAGGCAGUCUGGAAGCGGAUCAUGAAACUGCUGGUCAACUUCAUCUCCGGAAAUCAGGCAUCGGAGGAGCACCGUUUCACGCUCUGGAGCAGAGAGCUGAUCUUCCGUCCGAGAAAGGAAGGGGGGCUGGGCGUUAGGGACCCCUUUGUGGAGCUCUCCGGUCUUGCAGCGAGGCGUGUUGCGACCCUUGUGCUCGAGAACGGUUUCCGGAAGGAGCUGGCGCUGGCGGCGGCUGACCUGCCUGAGGACUUCAGAUCCUUCCUGGCGCAUAAGGACUCCCUGAAACAAUGGAAAGGGAGGAGCGUUAGAUGGCGACAGACGUGUGAGCUGUUCAUGAAAUCAAAAGUCGCACUGCGGGAGCCGGAGUCGAGAUGGGAUAUUGAGCAAGAACCGCUCGUCUUCAACCGUCACAUCCUGCCGAACGGGAAGAAGCCGCUGGGGAAGCAGAAGGCGGCGCAAGGUCUGGAGCUGUACAGGCUGAAGGACUUCAUCGCCACAGCAGGUGAUGGGACGAGGUCCGUAAAAACCCUGGAGACCCUGACGAGGGAGAUGGGCACAAAGAAGAAGGCACAAAGGGCAUUAAAUUUUUUCGGCUGCGUUCCGGAAUCGUGGAAGGUGAAAUUGCUCGCGCCACUCACCGAGGAGGAGCUGCUAGCGGUGUCGGAACACGUGAAGGUGGUAGGAGCCAUUGGAGCCUGGAAGAUUGACAAGGUGGAGCAUGGAGGGCUAGUGUGCCGAGCAUGCGACUACGCGGGGCUACCCCUGGAAGGAGGAGUGGAGAAGGUUGUCACGCUGAGCCUGCGCGGGGUGCAGCCGCUGAUUGUUCUGAAAGGUCGAGUAGUCGGCACUGCUGGGCUGCCCGAAGUAAGACUGAGGGUUUCGGAGCUUUGCGCGGAGAACCAGAUUCCCCCCUUCAAGCUGCUGCGGGACCUGUUUGAGGUCGCGGUGGGCAAAGGUGUUCGCCAGGGGUGCCCGCUGGCGCCCUACCUCUUCCUUUGCGCGGUAGAGCCCAUCUGCCAGGAAGCAAAGAGGAGGAAACUAGGGAUCAGCAAUGACUAUGGGGAGAGGCUAGCCUACUUAGGCUAUGCGGACGAUACCACUCUGGUACUAAAAGGGAAGCAGCAGAUUACCCGUUCUGGAGAGCUCCUGGAGGACUUCGGGGCUCGCUCGGGGCUCAUGGUCAAUAAGGAGAAAUCGGCGAUACUUCCCCUGGGGAAGAACCUGGAACGAAUCAAAGACGACGGGUCAGCGUUUGCGUGGGUGGCUUCGAAGAAUGCAGAAAGGCUGCUGGGGGUCUGGGUCUCACCUUCGGGAGGAGCGGAGGUUACGUGGGACAAGACGCUGGCCAGGGCGGCUGAGGAACUACUGAAAUGGCAGUCUCACUAUUUGACAACGACGGCGCACGUGGCGGUGAUUAACUGCUAUGUGUGCCCGAUCCUGGCGUUUCAGGGGCAAGUAUAUCCCCCCUCGGAGGCAGUCUGGAAGCGGAUCAUGAAACUGCUGGUCAACUUCAUCUCCGGAAAUCAGGCAUCGGAGGAGCACCGUUUCACGCUCUGGAGCAGAGAGCUGAUCUUCCGUCCGAGAAAGGAAGGGGGGCUGGGCGUUAGGGACCCCUUUGUGGAGCUCUCCGGUCUUGCAGCGAGGCGUGUUGCGACCCUUGUGCUCGAGAACGGUUUCCGGAAGGAGCUGGCGCUGGCGGCGGCUGACCUGCCUGAGGACUUCAGAUCCUUCCUGGCGCAUAAGGACUCCCUGAAACAAUGGAAAGGGAGGAGCGUUAGAUGGCGACAGACGUGUGAGCUGUUCAUGAAAUCAAAAGUCGCACUGCGGGAGCCGGAGUCGAGAUGGGAUAUUGAGCAAGAACCGCUCGUCUUCAACCGUCACAUCCUGCCGAACGGGAAGAAGCCGCUGGGGAAGCAGAAGGCGGCGCAAGGUCUGGAGCUGUACAGGCUGAAGGACUUCAUCGCCACAGCAGGUGAUGGGACGAGGUCCGUGAAAUUGCUCGCGCCACUCACCGAGGAGAAGCUGCUAGCGGUGUCGGAACACGUGAAGGUGGUAGGAGCCAUUGGAGCCUGGAAGAUUGACAAGGUGGAGCAUGGAGGGCUAGUGUGCCGAGCAUGCGACUACGCGGGGCUACCCCUGGAAGGAGGAGUGGAGAAGGUUGUCACGCUGAGCCUGCGCGGGGUGCAGCCGCUGAUUGUUCGGAAAGGUCGAGUAGUCGGCACUGCUGGGCUGCCCGAAGUAAGACUGAGGGUUUCGGAGCUUUGCGCGGAGAACCAGAUUCCCCCCUUCAAGCUGCUGCGGGACCUGUUUGAGGUCGCGGUGGGCAAAGGUGUUCGCCAGGGGUGCCCGCUGGCGCCCUACCUCUUCCUUUGCGCGGUAGAGCCCAUCUGCCAGGAAGCAAAGAGGAGGAAACUAGGGAUCAGCAAUGACUAUGGGGAGAGGCUAGCCUACUUAGGCUAUGCGGACGAUACCACUCUGGUACUAAAAGGGAAGCAGCAGAUUACCCGUUCUGGAGAGCUCCUGGAGGACUUCGGGGCUCGCUCGGGGCUCAUGGUCAAUAAGGAGAAAUCGGCGAUACUUCCCCUGGGGAAGAACCUGGAACGAAUCAAAGACGACGGGUCAGCGUUUGCGUGGGUGGCUUCGAAGAAUGCAGAAAGGCUGCUGGGGGUCUGGGUCUCACCUUCGGGAGGAGCGGAGGUUACGUGGGACAAGACGCUGGCCAGGGCGGCUGAGGAACUACUGAAAUGGCAGUCUCACUAUUUGACAACGACGGCGCACGUGGCGGUGAUUAACUGCUAUGUGUGCCCGAUCCUGGCGUUUCAGGGGCAAGUAUAUCCCCCCUCGGAGGCAGUCUGGAAGCGGAUCAUGAAACUGCUGGUCAACUUCAUCUCCGGAAAUCAGGCAUCGGAGGAGCACCGUUUCACGCUCUGGAGCAGAGAGCUGAUCUUCCGUCCGAGAAAGGAAGGGGGGCUGGGCGUUAGGGACCCCUUUGUGGAGCUCUCCGGUCUUGCAGCGAGGCGUGUUGCGACCCUUGUGCUCGAGAACGGUUUCCGGAAGGAGCUGGCGCUGGCGGCGGCUGACCUGCCUGAGGACUUCAGAUCCUUCCUGGCGCAUAAGGACUCCCUGAAACAAUGGAAAGGGAGGAGCGUUAGAUGGCGACAGACGUGUGAGCUGUUCAUGAAAUCAAAAGUCGCACUGCGGGAGCCGGAGUCGAGAUGGGAUAUUGAGCAAGAACCGCUCGUCUUCAACCGUCACAUCCUGCCGAACGGGAAGAAGCCGCUGGGGAAGCAGAAGGCGGCGCAAGGUCUGGAGCUGUACAGGCUGAAGGACUUCAUCGCCACAGCAGGUGAUGGGACGAGGUCCGUAAAAACCCUGGAGACCCUGACGAGGGAGAUGGGCACAAAGAAGAAGGCACAAAGGGCAUUAAAUUUUUUCGGCUGCGUUCCGGAAUCGUGGAAGGUGAAAUUGCUCGCGCCACUCACCGAGGAGGAGCUGCUAGCGGUGUCGGAACACGUGAAGGUGGUAGGAGCCAUUGGAGCCUGGAAGAUUGACAAGGUGGAGCAUGGAGGGCUAGUGUGCCGAGCAUGCGACUACGCGGGGCUACCCCUGGAAGGAGGAGUGGAGAAGGUUGUCACGCUGAGCCUGCGCGGGGUGCAGCCGCUGAUUGUUCGGAAAGAUUCCCCCCUUCAAGCUGCUGCGGGACCUGUUUGA